ACCCCUGGGAUGUAGCUGGUGGGUUAAACCCCACUCAUGGCAAGUCUCUUGACAGACCCCUCAGAGAUGAGGUGGAAGGUCAAGCUCCAAGGCAGAACUACAUUAUGACAAUCAAAGAGCAGCAGGACAGCCAGCAGAAGCAACUGGACUCAAGAUUGAACUGGCAAAUACUAAACCCCUGGGAUGUAGCUGGUGGGUUAAACCCUAAUGAUGAUGACUCCAUUUCUGGACACCACAGAGAUAAGGAGAAAGAUCCAGCUCCAAGGCAGAACUUUGUCAAUUUUCACAAACAGCCAAAGAAGCAGGACAGCCAGUACUGGGUUGGACAUAAUCGGCUUUUCUACCAGGUGUUGAGCCCUGUGAAAGCAGAGGGAGAGCCCAGAGCCACUGGCACCAAAGAUGAGCAGCGUCUAAACAGGAACCUGGAUUUUCUCUCUGACCCGUUGGUUCAGAGCCGCCCCGCUGCGAGCAGCGGAGGAGGAGCCACAGCUGAAGAGGAGCAGUCCUCUCUAGGUGGGCACCUCCUGAUCAUGCCUGACACCACAGACACGCACGGGAAGCAGCAGGAAGAAGGAUCCAGGUUCCUCAAUAAACCUUGGAGCCCCCAAAGUCCAGACCUUGCGCCGGUUCCAGGAGAACUCCUGGAAACCACGGUUGAUCAUCAUCUGCGCUUGCUGGUGCCAGACAAAAGCUUGCAGACAUUCAUGGCCCACAUGGAGCGAGCCCUAAGGAAGGACUGCAGCCUGCCCCAGCUCAAACUGGCCUGUGCCAAGAUGGUCUCAAAGACCGGGCUGCUUCUAAAGGUGCUCAGUGAGAGGCAAGAGAACCAGGGAACCUCUGAUCCCAUGGGCCGGUGUCCUCUGCAAGAGAACAUCUCCAGCAGCACAGCUGUGGACGAGGAUCAGGAGCCCACAGAGAAGAAACCAGAGGACACAGAGGAAAUGGUCCUGUUCAUGGUUUUGUUAUUUCUCUUCGUUGUCAUUGCUGUGAUGCUGAAAACCUUCUUCCACAUGUACUUCCUGACCCGUGAAGGUGAUUCCCAACCCUGCCACAGCAGGGACUCUUGGCUGAGAAGGUUCUGUGUAAAACUGCCACAGAGAGUGAGGAAGGAUAACAAGGAGGCACAGAAUGUAGAGCAGAAAAGGGCAGGGAGCUCCUCCCAGUGCUGCCCAUUCUCCUUCAUUGCCUGUGCAUCCUUACUUUUAAAAGUCCUUCCCUUUCUUGAAGCUUUCUGGACAUAUUCUUGGUUCAAGAAAUCUGAAAUGCCAUUGGUUCAAUGCAUCACGGAUGUCUACGGAAGUGACAGAAAAGCAUAUCAGGAAGAGACAUAGUGUGAAGAACUUGAGUGACUGGAAGAUUUUCAAGAGGCUGAAGAAGUUAACAGGAUGCCAACAACUCUUCACCUCCUGUUCUACAAUAGGAACUGCUGAGGCUCUCCUUGGAUGCUGCUUUGUUGGCUGUUGUUAUUUCCUUGGAUGCUUUUUCCUUGACUGUUAUUUUCUUGCUGUCGCUGCUGAGGGAAGCCCAGAGGCUGCUGCAGGCAAGCAGAAGCUCGGGACCCCGAGAGGAGGCAUCAGUAUCUCAGGGUUUUCCUCAUCCCUUGUGGCAAAGUUUCUCCCUGCAUUCAAUAAAAACAAAAUUGUUCUUGUUC